UGGCCGCGCCCAGGACCUGGAACGCCAGCGGCAGGAGCUGGAGCGGCAGGCGAGGGACGGCCGCCAGCGCGGCGGUGCUGCCGCGGACGACAAGGAGGUCAGGGCCCUGAGGCAGUCUGUGCAGGAGACCAGAAGACCGCGAUCUUCGACCUGCAGGGGCAGCUGAGCCGGGAGCAGACGCUGUCCACCUUCAUCACGCCCGGCGAAUUCAUGAAGAUGGCCAAGAGGGAGCUGGCGCCCUUGAACGUGCACGAGAAUUGUGACUUGAAGCUGAAGAUCUCGGGUCUUGAGACGGAGGUUCAGGUGGCGCGGCGGCGCGGGGACGCGGCGUGGAAGCACCUGCCUGCCUCGAUCCGGGAGGCGGCCCAGAAAGAGCUCAUCGAGCCGCCGCCAUCGCCGUCGCUGCCCGGUCACGCUGGCGCCUGAGGUGCCAGCCUGAAAUGACGAGGCCCCCACGAGUUGCUGACCGACACCUCGGAGGCCUGGGGAGGCGCCCCUCGUGGUGGUCGGAGGCCCCGGCGGGGCGGCCUCGGUGAGCAGCGCGCCGGCUGCCCGCUGUGUUUGCCCCGUGGCCCAGCGGGGCAGCGACAGUUGCCACCGAACUUCACCCCUCGGCGCGCCGCCGACUCAGCCUAGCAGCACGUAGCCAGAUCCACGCGCCAACGAACUCUAGCCCAAUUCGGGGCGACAGGCUCGAGCCGCACCGUGUGCCGGGCCGUGUCGCCCUACCCCGCAGCCCGCGGAGCAUGGGGCUGCCUGCAUGCGGAGUGUACAGGAGGAAACGUUCUCUCGGGGUGGCUCUUGU